ACCAUGUCACGAGCAGGAGAGAGCGCGGUAAUCACAACAUGGCGCUGCGAUUGGAGGCGAAGGGCAUCACGGCGACCGACCACGACGCCGGCCGGCCGGCGGCGGUCGUCGACGUCGACGAGGACGAGCUGUUCGAGCUCGACAUCGCCCUCCUCGACGGCCGCGGCGACGGCUGCGGUGACCGCGGCCGCCGCUCUGCCGCCGCUGCAGGCGACGACGACGACGACGCUGGUGGGCACGCCCUGCUGGCCAACUGCCUGCUGCCGGUGCGCUCGGUGAGCAACGCGGUGCCGGUCGCGGCCAGCAGCGUGCUGUCGUCGUCGUACCCCUACUCCGGCUACCACAGCUCGCGGAGGCUCAUCUUCACCGCCGGCGGCGGCAGGAGGUUUCUUGGACGGUCGGCGGGGAGUUCGGCGAGGUUGUGCUUCACCGGCAGAGGAUUCGAGACCACGGGGAACUAUUUUCAGAGAUACUGACUGAGCAAGAGUUUCUAUGGGCCGUGGGCCCAGUGGCUUAAGCCCAAAGCCUUCAUUUUCGGCCUAAUAUCCAUCUCUGUACUCAUUUGUGGCCUGGUCGUAGCGUGGUGAGAAUAAAUAACUUUGUGUAUACUCCUUACCAUGUUUGCGCAAUCAGUGAGAUAAAAGCAGGGGUGGCCACGUCUGUUUCUUGCUCUAAGAACCUGCUUAUUCGAGAAAAUAAAAAAGCAGGAGUGGCAAGUUUCAGGGAA